GCAGGAAAGUUUGCAGGCCUCCUGUUGAGCCAUCUCUGCCCUAACAGCGCCGACAACACAACUCAACCGGGAGAAGGCGUAGAGACCUGCAGAAGGGCGACAAUCCCGCAGGUUUCUGUGCACCUUCCCCGUGUUUGUCACCACGGAACCAUCGCCGAGCGCAGGGACCUGAAGCGGAGCCGAAGGGGCAGAGCAGCGAAGCCCGGCACAGCCCGGGGAGUUCCCCCCGAGCCCGGCCGUGCGCGUCCCACCCCCGGCCCUGACGCGUUAAUGAAAUGCUAAUUACCGGGGCGCCGAGCCGGCCGGGCUGCCCGCGCCCAUAAAACCCGGUGCCGGGCUCUGCCCGCCGCCAGCCCGCCGCCAUGCAGGGCGCCCCCCCGGCGGCGCUGCACCUCCUCACCUCCUGCUUCAUCGACGGCGGCGCGGGCCGGCGGCACGGCGAGGAGCGAGCGGAGCCAGCGCCGCCGCGGCCCGGCCCCGCCGAGGAGCCCUCAGCGGCGGGGCGCGGGGGGCGCCCGCCCGGCCAUGAGGCGGCGGCGGCGGGGGGGGGCGGCGAGGCGCCGGCUCCGCUGAGGAGAAAGCAGCGGCGGUACCGCACCACGUUCAGCACCUUCCAGCUGGAGGAGCUGGAGCGAGCCUUCCGCAAGUCGCACUACCCCGACGUGUUCACCAGGGAGGAGCUGGCCGGCCGCCUGGAGCUGACCGAGGCCCGCGUCCAGGUCUGGUUCCAAAACAGAAGGGCAAAGUGGAGGAAACGUGAAAAAACUGAAAUUCUGGGGACUGUUCCAGGAAUCUCCUUAACGCACCCACUUGGUCUAUUUUUGGAUGUUCCACUGAGUCAUUCCCCCAUCCUAGAUCACACGUGGAGGUCAAUGCCUUUUUCAACAUUGGCUGUGCCAUCCAUCUCUUCAGCCUUUAGUCCUUCAACCCUAGGGCCAUUUGGCCUCAGCAGCCUUACCUGGACUUCUCUCUUCAGAAAUCCUAUUUUAAAUCCACAUUUUGGAAGGUUUCUCAAUGCUUUAAAUCCUCUCAUGACAACAGCUUCAGUACUAAUGAAAGCUCCUGGACCCCCGUCAGACCCUGCUCUUACUGCCUUCACUGAUCCAGCAGCGGUUGAAAGGAAAACGUCGAGCAUUGCAGCACUAAGGCUCAAAGCGAAAGAACAUUCAGCACAAAUCCCUCAAUUAAACCUCAUCUCCAGUCUUACAAACACUAACAAAGAACUUUGUUAGAAGCUCUCCCACAGACUGCAGCCACAGAGGGGAAAGUGAAUGCCUUCCCCAAUAAGUAGCGCCUGUUAGAGACAUUUAAAGAAAAAAAAAAGGAGAAAACACACACAUCCAGCUGUAGUUCAUCCAACUUCAGCAAUGGACUAAGAGGAGGUAACCCUGCUAAAAUUUUUCCUUUAUUACAACAUGAAAUCCUGUAGCAAGUUGACUUUUGUCAUCAUUUUUAUACAGAGUGAAUUUCUGACACUACAGAAAUAAGCAGGAACUGCCCUCGUCUUUAUAACUCAGGCUACAAUGAAACUGAAGCUUCGAAAUCCCUUAAGUCACUGGAUGCUAGUUCACAUUUGAAAUAAUUUGUAGGAAUAACUUCAGUCUCAUAAGCAAUUCUUAACUCAUUUCUCAGGAGGAACUCUUACAUACAGUACUUUAGACAGUAAGAACCAGUACGCUGAUAUGUUCUUAACUUUGAAAACCUGCUUCAUGUUGAAGUACAGAUGCCAAUGAAAUCUCACAUUUUAGACAGACUUAGCAGGAAGGAGACUUAGACUAUUUUCAGUAUAGGCUUUCGAUUCAGAACUACGUUUGUAUAAAGUAAAUCUUGUUUCAAUCAAGAAAUGUUUAUGUUCAGAGUGGCAAUGUUUUAAUAAUUAAAAAAUACACUUCGUAUUUGAAAACUGUACCCUGUGACAAUAGGUUAUUAAUGUGCAGUAAAUUGUGUGUAGUUCUCUGUGCACAUAGACACAUCAGUAAGUAGCUAAUAGCUGUAAAUAUGAGGUUACUGACUACUUUUAGCAUGACUAAUGGCACAUAUUAUGAGACCACUAAGUUAACAGAUCGCUUGUAUAUUUCCAUGUUUCAUGCCUUGAAUAGAUUGAGAAUUUAAGCAAAAAUUAAAUGUGAUGUGUUAAAUUCUUCCUUGGACUGAUGUUGAAAUGACUAAGCAGAGGUUCUGCUAACCAGAAGUCUCUUGUUCAGCCAAAUCAUCAACUCCUUUUCUGGCUUUGGACAAAUCUUUUCAAAGUUUUUGCUGAACUUCCCCAUCCAUCAAAUAGACUGUGAACAACUAUCCCAGCUCUAGACUUUGCAGCUUACUUGCCUACCUCACAGGGCUGUUGUGAGGACUGAUUAAACAAAUGUGGUAGAGCUACA